AUGGCUCUCACUGUACAGGUUAUCUUUGUGGGUCUAUGCUUGGCAACUAUCGGCGAAGGUAAUGCUGACUCAUUUGCACCGUCUCCUGCUGCUAUCACGUGCUGUAUGGCAUUGCCACCAACGCCGACAAGCCCAUGUUACGUCACCACUACUGCGGCCCCGAUAGCUUGCCCAUUCAUGACAACAACAACUGUGACUCCAACAACAAUGACCACCACUACUACUACCGAGCAACCCGCAAAAAGUACGACUACAAAAAUACCAAAUUCGACAAGUAUUAACGCAAGGCAACCAGACGUCAACGCAUCAUCAACAACAACAACAGAAGCACCAUCAACAGCGGAGGUGCCGUUAAGACCAAAUUUUGUUGUCGUACCAAAUCAUCCUAACCAUAUGCCAGUAAUCUCAUCACCAAUGAACUACCCAAUAGCUGUAGGCGUUCAAGGAUUUAAGGAAGGAGAAAAUCCUUCAAACAUGUUUGUAGUGCCUCCAUACCCUACUUUUAAUGGUCCUCAGCGCUUCGUGCCUGUUGUUAUGAACCCAAGUACGGGUCAAGUGUAUUACGUAGUACCCAACCCAAAUAAAGGUGGAAAUUCGUACUCGCAAAUCCUAAAUGUUUAUACACAAGACAAAAACACGGGUGGCUAUUAUUGGAUGCCUGCUGCAGCGUUGCCAGAAGCAAACAAUAAUGCGACCACUGCAAAAACAUCUAUUGACAAGAACUAG